CACUGUCAAAUACAUAAAUACAAAUUUUCUCAACUCAUUUCUCUUUGCACUCUCUUUGAUAGUGUAGGUUGAGUACAAUUUGUCGGCACACGAUUUUCGUGUUUAAUGAUAAUUAUUAAAUAAAUUUUAUUAUUUGUACAGAGAAAAUGGGUCGUCUUACUGUAUUAACGUUAAUUUUUGCGUCAAUAGUAAUCACAUUAGCUCAUGAAGAUGUUUACUCAAUCAAAUAUACUACAGAAAAUUUUUCACACGAAGUCGGAAAGAAAAAUCACUUCGUUAUGUUUUACGCCCCUUGGUGUGGACAUUGCCAAAAAUUUUCUCCAAAAUGGGAACAAUUAGCUGAAAUGUUGAAUGAAGAUGACACGAAUAAUAUAAAAAUAGCUAAAGUUGAUUGUACUACAGAUAGUGAAGUGUGCUCCGAACAAGACAUUACUGGAUAUCCUACACUUAAAUUUUAUAAAGUAGGUGACUCUGAAGGUGUAAGAUUUAGAGGAACCAGGGAUCUACCUUCAAUAACUAAUUUUAUUAACGAGCAACUUAGGGAGGGAGAUGAAACCAAUACUGAGGAAGCAACCUCUAAUGAAGCUGCAGCUGUUGAUGGCUUGACGGAGCUGACCGAAGAUAAUUUCCACAAACAUGUUAAGAGUGGUAAACAUUUUAUCAAGUUUUAUGCUCCCUGGUGUGGACACUGUCAGAAAUUAGCACCAACGUGGGAGCAACUGGCUAAAACUCUGGAGCUCGACAAUGAAGUUACCGUAGGGAAAGUAGACUGUACGCAGCACAGAUCUGUCUGUAACGACUUUGACGUGAAAGGAUACCCCACUCUAUUAUGGAUAGAAAAUGGCGCAAAGGUGGACAAGUACCAAGGCGACAGAAGCCACGUCGACCUCAAACAAUACGUUAACAAAAUGCUAGGAACCGAAAAGACCGAACGUGCAUCUCCAAAACCAGCCGCAUCCGACGCAGACCUUCCCUCAGGAGAAGUAACCGGCGACAACUUCAAGUCUACCAUCGAAUCAGGAAUUGCUUUCGUCAAAUUCUAUGCUCCGUGGUGUGGACAUUGUAAGAGACUGUCGCCCGUUUGGGAUAGCCUCAGAGAAAAACUCGUUUCAAGGCCUGAAGUUAAGGUCCUCAAAGUGGACUGUACGUUAGAAGUUAACAAACAGUUGUGCAAUGACGAAGAAAUCGAAGGUUUCCCUAGUCUUAAUCUGUACCAAAACGGAGAGAAGAUCGCUUCGUACAGUGGCAGCAGGAGUCUGGAGGAUCUGCAAGAGUUUUUGUUGAAGCAUACACCACGUGAUGAACUUUAAAUGUUUCUAGUUUGCAAAAUAUUAAUUUCUUUAUUUAAAAUCGAUCUUUUUUUGUUCAAAAAAUAUUUUUUCGUUAUAAAAACGAAACAAAAUACCUACACCACUGUUUUAACAUAUCUUUCAGCAAUACAGGGUGAUUUGUAGUAGGUAUUACCUUAUCUAUGAUAAAUAUGACUUGUUUGCUUAUUAACUGUAUCUUCUACUUAACUAAUCUACUUCAGUUCAACGUUUUACUCACUUUAGCAACAAUUUUCUUAUAGAAAAUUAUUUAAUGUUGGUAUGUCGCAAAGGAUUCUACACAUUUUCUUUAAAUAUCUUUGGAAUUACAUUAAAAUAGUAACCCUUACAGCAA